AUGGUAGAAAGAAGAUCCUCCAUUCGGAGCUUAGAAACACAAGUUGGCCAACUUGCAAAGCUAAUGGAAGACUGUAAUCAAGGGGCUCUACCUAGUUCCAUAGUGGUGAAUCCCAAAGAGCAAUGUCAAGCUGUCACUUUGAGGAGCGAGACUAAGUAUGAUGGGCCCACAAUGGAUGAUAAGGGAAAGAAGAUAGAGGAUCAACAUGCCACUAGUCCAACACAAGAGGAGGUUAUUGAAGACCUUCCAAAGAAAGAAAAUCUGAAAUACACCGAGCCUACACCAAAGAUUCCUUAUCCUCAACAGUUCCGAAAGGUCAAUCUUAACAAAAAAUUCUCCAAAUUUCUCGAGCUAUUUAAGAAUCUUCACAUAAAUAUUCCAUUUAAUGAGGCGCUUGAGAAGAUGCCAAAUUACCUUAAAUUCUUGAAGAAAAAUUUAUCUAAGAAAAGGAAGUUGAAGGAAUACGAGACAGUUGCAGUUACUGAGGAAUGCAGUGGAAUAUUGCAACAGAAAUUACCUUCCAUGCUUAAAGAUCCUGGUAGUUUCAAUAUUCCAUGCUCUAUAGGGGGUUUAUUAGAAACCAAGGCUUUAUGUGACUUGGGGGCUAGUAUAAAUUUAAUGCUGCUAUCUAUUUUUAGAGAGUUAAACUUGGGAGAAGCCCGUCCUACUACCGUGUCCCUACAAAUGGCAGAUUAUUUAAUUAAGCAUCCAAGGGGAAUCAUUGAAGAUGUGUUGGUGAAAGUAGAUAAUUUUAUAUUCUUUGCAAACUUCAUAGUGUUGGACAUGGAAGAAGAUACUAAUUUCCCAAUAAUUCUUGGAAGACCAUUUUUAGCUACUGGAAGGGCGUUAAUAGAUGUUCAAAAGGGUGAGUUAAAGCUGCAAGUUCAAAAUGAGGUAGUAACAUGUAGUGUUUUUGCAGCAACAAAAAUUCCAACUUGUUGUAGAGUUGAAGUGGUAAAAAGAGAAGAGAACAAGUUAAAAGUCUCUAAGCAAAGAUCCAUGGUUAAAAGUGGAAUGCGAAAAAGUGCGUCAUCGUUUAAAAAUGUUCGUUAG